CCCUAGGAAGUUUAGGGCAACUAUUCCAAAGCGCCCGAGCAGAAAGACGCUGGGAAGCAACUCCCUCGUAAGUCUGACGCGAGUGACUUUGCGGAACCCCACACAGAACUUGCCCACCCCACCUCGCCCUUUUUGCUGUGGAGUCCACAGCAGCUGGGCUGCCAGGAGAACCGCUGAAGCACGCGGAGGAAGCCGGCGGAAGUGAGGCACGUGCGCUGAGUGGUGCAGGAUCGCGCGGUGAGAGCAGGCGGGGGCAGGAGAGGCGCGUGGGCGGCAUGAGGCGGCGGCCGGGCGUGGCGGGGCUGCAGACGGCGGCGGCGGUGAGGGGGCAGUACCGGUCGCUGGGGGAGGACGUGGCGAAGCAGCGGCAGGCGUCGCUGCGGGAGCAGCUGGAGACGUUCCGCGGGUUCCUCACCGCCUUCGCGCAGAAGCACAAGAGCGACAUCCGCAGCAACCCCGCCUUCCGCGCGCAGUUCCACGCCAUGUGUGCGCAGUGCGGCGUCGACCCCCUUGCGUCCAACAAGGGCUUCUGGAACGAGCUGCUGGGCUUCGGCGACUUCUACUACGAGCUGGGCGUGCAGAUGAUCGAGACGUGCAUGGCCGCGCGCACGGACAACGGCGGCAUGAUGGAGCUGGAGGCGGUGCGGCGCCUCGUGGCGGGCAGGCGGCGCAUGGCGCUGGACGCCAUCUCGCAUGACGACUGCAUCCGCGCCCUCUCCACCAUCAAGUCCCUGGGCGGCGGGUUCUCAGUGGAGAGGGUGGGCACGGUGCACGUGGUGCGCUCGUUGCCGCGCGAGCUGAGCACCGACCAGAACGGCAUCAUCCGGCUCGCGCAGGCGCGGGGAUGUGUGAGUGCAGAUGACAUCCACUCCGCCACAUCAUGGCAGCACGGGCGAAUCAACGACGCCCUAGACGCCCUGCUCAAGGAGGGCAUAGCCAUGGUGGACGAUGGCCAUGCGGAUGGCCGCCGGCGCUACUGGUUUCCCUGCUUCGACCUUGCUGUUCCCACAUCUGCGUAAUAUCAUGUGCUUGCUCUUGAGCAACGUGGUCUUUCCCAUUUCCAUAGUGAUACCAGGGUGGAAGCCCAUUGACCAAACUACAGUGUUGCAACCAUAUCCAGGCAAGCUACAGUAGAUAUCCCGUAACACCAGGAUACAUGCCCCUCCCCCCCCCCCCUCCCCUCCUUCCUCCAGUACACGUUCAGAAAAAAUAUUAUGGUUGUGAUUGCAUUCAAGCGUAGUGUGCAUUGAGCAUUGCCUUCUGUCCCAUUUCAUGCGAUGCAUUCUUCAACUCCAGCUUGUCCGAGAGGGCAACAUAUCAACUUAUAC